AUGGAUGUAAUUCUCUCCACCGAAAAAUUCGACACCGGUAUGGAUUGCAUGGAGCUCUUCCACUGUGAGGCCUUCGGUCGUGCCAAUCUAACCAAAUUUUUCGAUGAAGAAUCUUCAUAUUCUAAGUUUCAGUUUGGAGUUUAUGAAACCAAUUCCUCACUUUCACCUGAGUGUUCCUCACAGGUAUCGAUUGCUCGGAGUUCUUCAAAAAAGGAGUCAUCAUUUGUUCCAGAUGAACGGAAUUUUCAGAUGAAUUCAAAUUGUUCUGGAGGAAGUUCUUACUCUGAGCUUCAAUUUGAUGUUCCUCCAUACGAUUUUGAUAUCUCGCUGGGAAUAUCCUUUGAAUCGAUUGACAGCGAUUUCGAUUCCGACUUUGACGGAGUUACUUCUGAGGUAUCGAAUUACAACUUUGAAUCAUAUGAAAUUACUUAUUCUGAUCCAUAUGAAUCAUAUUUUCAAGAAGAUAAGAUUAAGAGGAAGCUCACGGAUGCAGAGAGGAAUCAGAUUUUGGGGAUGCUUGAGAUUGAGUUCCAGAAAGGAAAACCAUGGCAUGGAACUUUUGUGUGGAUUGCUGGUUAUUUUGGUGUAACUGACCGGACUGAGAAACAAAAAGAUGGUGGAGAAAAGAUUAUAUCAAUUUUGCAGGCUAUAUCAUUUCUGUUAGAAUUUCGAAUGAUGCAUAACAUUUCUGAAAUUCCUUUUGGUUUGUCAAGUUUAAGAGCCCUCAGAGGCACCACAUUUGCCCACUCCAAAUUCGUUCACGUCAUCUUUAGAAGAAUCAGAAUCCUCAAUUCCAUGAUCCCUAAACACUUCUGUAAGUUCACCACUCUCAUGCAUGGCAACUGCAAUAUCACAACGACCAAGAAGCUCUCCCUUACAGCACAACAGCAGAAAUGUACUCCAAUUGGAAAACUUCUUCAAUCCCUCACGAACCUCAUGGUCCCUCAGUAUGUUAAAGCUUCCAAAUUAGACUUUUUCUUUCUUCAAGUUUCAACAACCUUCUGGCUAAAACCACAUUCGGGUGCUUCAGUAAGUCUCAUACCUAAACUGGCAGGAGCAGCAGGGACUCCAGCAGCAACAGCUCCAGCAACUUUAGCAACCUUGUUUGCUAAAGCUGAUAGGUCAGCACCUUCUAGAUGA